GGAGGCACAGCACAAGACUCUACAGCAGCUCGCUUUCGAUUUCCCCGUCGCAAUCGCCGUCGCCCCUAAACGCUCAGCCGGACCAUCACCAACCAGCAGCCCGUCAGAAUGUCGACCCCGCCCGUGCCCUUCAACCGCCUGAAGCAGAUUGCCACGGAUGUCUGCAACAGCGCCAUCGGCAGUGCGGAAUUCUACGACCACGCAAAGACGGAGCAAUGGAACUCGACCAUUAUUAACUCCAUGCUGAAGGCGCUCAUCUCUGAAUCGACUCCCCAGGGCGCCACUGCUCCUUCAUACAAGUUUGCCUGCAACAGCACCAUUGUGCAGCACCUGGUCCCGACGUCGGCGCUGAACAAGUCCCGCGGCGGCACCGACACCAAGACGGAGGAGCCUCACGUGUCGACGAGCACAGACGCUACCGCGACGGACGGCAAGCCGCACGUCGGCCGGCGAGGAAUGCACAGCGCAACCGGCGCGUACUGGGACGAGAAGAAGGACGGCAUGUGGACCUUCAAGUACGACGGCGGUGAGGGCAAGGGCAUGGACGUGGUCAUCAUGCUGAUCUGGAUCGCCGUUUGAAGGUGAAGGACAAUGCUCCGAACCUGCGUCUCGAGGAAGUAGACGAGACGGACAGUGGCUUGGAUGUUGAGUACGUCAUGAGCCAGGUCUGGGCAGUCUGCUCCUCUGUGGACUGCGGCGGUUCGGGGAAGGCCGUUCUGUUGCCAUGGCCCGCCCAUGUUUCGCAUCGCUGACGAAGGACUUGCAUAUUGAGCGAUAGAAGACUGCAACGGACGGUGAGUGACCGAGGCAUAUCAUGGAAACUCGGGACAUUUACGGAGUCGAUUGUUAUUUGAGUGCUACAUAAUACAUUUUGAUCUGAACCUGC